GCACAAAACGCGGGAAAAUGGCGAUAGUUUGACAUAUCAAUAAUUGAAGUUUUGUUUAUCAAAACAGAUAAAUUGUGUUAUGAAUACAGUUAAGUUGGAAGUUAAGGAUUAUAAAAUUUAAUUGAUCACGCCAACAUGUGGCGUCCGUUCCUCGUGUCAUGUUGGCUGAUACUCCGGUGCUCCGCUGGACCCAACCGUGUGGUAGACGUGACCACAGCCUGUGACAAAGCUUCCGUCACUGUCAACGUGACAAUGGAACACGCGUUCAAGGGACUUCUCUUCAGUAAGGAUUUCUCAAGAGAGUGUCGGGUGCAAGGGCAGAGACAAAAGACUGUGUCUAUUCAUUUACCAUCAAACGCUUGCGGUGUAAGAACUUCUACGAUGAACACAACAGCUAACGAGCCUGAUGAUGAAGAAGAUCUCUAUUACAACAUUGAGUUGGUUGUGCAAAUGGACAGGCAGUUGCAGCAAUCUACGGAUCAAGAAAUUCUUGUCAGAUGUAAACUACAACGGCGGGCAGUUCGCAUAAACAGUUCGGCAUUAGAAGGUGUUAUCAAAACCAAAUUACGUGAAAUGAAUGCCGGUGACGGAAAAAAGCUAAGGACUGGUCGCAACCGCCAGGGUUUUGAGAGUCCAGCUGAGUUGGAGCAAAAAGAGUGGUUGUUGGAGUCUGCUCGCGCCUGGAUGGAGCUGGCCCCCACGGUCGCCGGCUCUGAACCCGCGACCGUCGAGGUCGGACAACCCACGAGGCUGCUCAUCCAGUGUACAUUACCUGUUGGAGUCGGUCUCCGUGUCACAAACUGCGUAGCUCACGACGGUCUCGGAGAAGCUUCACAGAAGCUUCUAGACGAAGCUGGUUGUCCCAUAGACGAAACAAUCUUCAGCAAACCAACUAUACAUAAGCAUAAACAACGAGGAACUGAAAUUGAUUUCAACGAUCUAGAACCAACCGAUUCACAUCGGAAUAUAGAAGAAAACCAUAAUGUAAAAACAACGAAAACUGAUCCAGAUAUCAUUUUCAAAAACGUUAUGACUUAUCAACAUGCACUUACAACGUUUGCUGCAUUCAAGUUUCCCGAUAGGGCUAAAUUACACCUUUCCUGCGGGAUAGAGUUGUGUAAAGGUCCGUGUCCCAAUAUUGAUUGUAAUCUUCUAAAAAGACCGCAAAGGACUAAGGAUGGUCUGGUCAGAAAGGCUCGUUUGGAUAAGGAGGCCAAAGGUGUUGUGAUAGACAGGCUCGAAGUAUACAACAGUAUUGAAGUUGUAGCUCCCAAUAUCGAAUUAGAAGAUGAGGCGUCGAUUAGAGGAUCAAGACGAGUAGAAGGUGAAGAAGAACUCAUACGAGGAUUUUCUCCAGGCGACAAAACAAUUUGCUUAUCCCCAGGAAAAAUGGCUCUAGCGUUUUGUAUUUUAGGUAUUAUUUUUCUUUGCGCGAUAGCUGUAGCAUUUAUCUCACUUGUGCGAGCGAGACGACGAGAGCCUCGUGCGCCAGUUCAUACGUCGCUCUCUUUCUAUACAGGAAGCAAAAGUCUGUUCUCUUCGAGUGAAAGUUCAAGUUCUGGUCUUAGUGGUAGCAAGUUGCUGUUGACGGAUAGUCCUUACUUAGACCAUCACUCCUCUUCGAGCAACAAUUGGCCUUAUCCUAGGCCAUUUUAGUUAGAAAAUUUUAAUAUAUUUAUCAGAAAUAAAAUAAAUCUAAGAUAUCGUUAUAGAUAAUUAGUUAACUAAUUGCACUCGCAAUUUAUUUGCAUAAUGAGUCAAAGAAAUAUUUCUAUAAUAUUUAUCAAAUCAAGCUUUACAUAUAUUAUUAUGUACCCAGUUGAACUAAAAGUUCAUUAUUUUUCGGUUUUGGAAUGAGCGUUAACCGACAUUUGUGUCAUACAGUGAGUACCUACUAAGUAUUUUGAAAAAACCCCAAUAGCAUAAACUGUUAAAAUUUAUAUUAUUAUGUGUCAUAGAGUAGAUAUUUUCAAAACAGUGCAUUGCGGGUGCAUAAAAACUAUCACUAUUAUGGAAACCAUUAAAUUACAGUGCCUGUCCCAAUGGACAAUUCCAAGUACUUGAUAGACAAGAGCUGAGCGAAAAAAAAAAGUUACAAAAUUAACAUUGCUAGGCAUUCUUGAAUUAAAAAAAAAAAAUUAUGGAAUUUUCGCGCAGAAAUAUUUUUCGCGAUGGCAAUUUUCUCUGUUGUCUAGUAAAAACUAGAAAUGAGGUUAGUAGUACCCUCUCUCUCCGUCAACAACAGUUAUAUUCAUUUCAUACCCUCUUGCUACUCUAGCGCUAUUCAUACAAGCUGCAAUUACUGUUGCCAUAUAUCAGGCAGCUGUUUCCUUACUCAGCAUGUCUAUUGGUUUAAAUAUACCGUGUGUUUUAACUUCUAGGCACUUAAAAUACCCUGAUUUCGCAAAUUAAGUAACUAGAAAACUAAAAAAAUGCUCAACAUGAUAAUAUAAUGUAUUUCAACUAUUUUCUGUAGAUAAGUGACAGCUUGGCGCUAUAAUGGCGACAAUAAAUGAACACACAGCUACUCAACCUUAAUCAUAAAAAAAAAAAUUCUAAAAAUCAAAGUAAUUAAUUGAAAAUUUUUAAAAAAGAAGUUAUACAUAGAAAACAAUAUUUAUCACCCUUACUUGGGAGCUAGUCAAAUAAGAGUUCUGACGGGCACGGCGCGGCGUGUCAGCACAUGAGUAAAUGAAAUGGUAGUGUGAGUGCCUACGCUAGCUCGCGGCUACUAGAUAUUAGAUAACCUACAGGUUGUUUCGAAAUGAUGUUAUGGAAAAUUAGUUUUUUUUAGGUGAAUUAUGUAUUUUUAUUUUUGAAUUUAUUUUUUUAUGAUUAAGUUUAAUUAGCUUUACCCGUGUGUCCAUUAAUGUCGCCAUUGCAGUUCUAUACUGUAUAGUUCAUGACCGUUUUUGUGCAUUGAAUAAUAAUUGAGUAAUCAUACUAAAUUAUAUAGGUAAAAUGUAUUAAAGCUAUGCACUAGCACAAUACAGCUAAAUCAUUCCUACAAUGGUAGGAAUGAUACAAAUGAUUUAGCUGUAUUGUGCUAUUAGUGCUUCCUACAAUGGUAGGAAUGAUUUAGCUGUAUUGUGCUAUUUAUUUUAAGAUACAAAAUGAAAAGACUGUUUUCCUUUAUUUUAAAAUGGAGCUUAUAUUAACUAGGUGCUUCUUAAUUAUUAUUUAUAUAGAAAUUACUGUUGCUUAAUGAAUGUGAUUAUAUAAUUCAUUGUAUACGAUUAAAAAAAAUUGAGGAAGUGCUUUUGUACAUUAAAUGGGAUUAUAAGUAGCUAAAUUUAAGAUAGUUUUAUAACGGGAGAGGAUUUAAUCAUAGUAAUUAAGUAAUAGAAAGAUAAGAACAUCGUUAAUACUCGAAAUGAGUCAAUAAUAAAUAUUUUUAUGUCUAGGAAUAUUGGAUUAGAUGUAAGUAAUUAGAUUAGGAAUUAUAAUACUUUUCGUACCGUACUACUACCUUACUUUUCGUACCUAAUAAAGUAUAAUAUAAUAUAUGUGAUCAAUCCAUAGAAAGACAAGAAUUUUGGAUAAUACCUAUCUUUGCAUUAAACAUUUAAUACGCGAAGGUGGAAAUAUAAUCAAAAAAAUACAUAAUUUAAUGGUAAUAGUUAAUAGUAUUACAAAUUAUGUUUGACAUUGCCUGUUCACCAAUUUCUAAUCACCGGUUAGUACUUAUUAUUCUUCUACCAGUAUUUGCAAUAAAUUAGUUACUGAUAUUAUUUCCUACAUGCUGCCAAUGCUAGCUCCGUAUUCCGAAAACCAAAAGGUGUCCCAAAUCCUAACACGUAAAUCAAUCAAGCGAAUUUUGUCAGUCUUCGAUCUUCAUACUUAUAUUUUUUUUUAUCUUCGUCCAUUAUUAAGACAGGCAAUGGGUUCAAGUCUGUCUUCAUACCUCUAUAAAAGAGAUAAAUUACACUUGCUCAUGGAUUACGUAUUAAAACGCCUUUUGGACUACGGACUUUAGGCUGAGAUCUAUGUAACGUAUUUAGACUUUGCUCAGACUUUACUACAGACGGUAGGCUACGCAUAAUCUUUGAUAUCGUUUUAAUAGUCAUUUGACACCUGAAAUUAUACUGAGCUUAACACUGACCUCUAUAAAUACCACUGGACAGGCUAUUCUAUAUGUUUGACAGCAAAUUUUUUGUGCCUAUUUGAAGCGCCACUUGCGAACAUCCAGAGAACUAAUUCUGACAUAUAAUACAAAAUGGCUGUGAGUGAAGCGUGCAUUAUUUCUGCAAUAUUUGAAAUAUUUUUGCAUUUUAAAUUAAUUUCGGUCGUUUUCCGUGUUAUUUAUACUGCAGGAAUGAACGUAAUAAAGUACAUUUUUUUUAAAUAGUUUUCCUAUCGAUGUUUGUUUAGCUGGGGUUGACAUCACUAGUCUUAGUACCGCAAACUCUCGCUACAUGGCAAACUGCGCCAAAAUGGCGCAGUUUAAAUCAAACAGGCACAAAAGCACUUUGACAGCCGCUAGUCCAGUGGUAAAUAUUAGAGGGCAGUGCAGCUUAAGCUAAUACAGCGCAAUGCAAAAGUCAAGUUCGCGUUUUAUCACACUCUGAAAAGUUUUACGUAAAUAAAGUCUAAAUAAGCUCUAUAGAAUUCAGCCUAAGACUUCCGCAACAAUAUUUUCCGUAAAAAUUUUGUAUUAAAUUCUAAGCGGUAGUUAAAUUAGUUAAUAUAUUAAAUAACUUUUGUAGCUACAUAGUUUAUUAAUGGGUUGUAAGUAAGAUAUCUAUUAAAGUUAUCAAUUCGAUAGCUUAAUUAGAAUUUAUUAUGCUAAAAUAAUUACAUCAGCCCUUCCUCGAUAGUUAAAAGUAUUUUUAAUGUCUUUGUAAUAAAUUAUAAUUUAACUAAUUAUAAUAUAACUUAAAGUAUGUCAUUAUAUUUAUUGUGAUCAAAUAAAUAUUUCUAUAGCAA